UUCACCUUUGAUGAUGGACCCAACGAAUGGUCUUGGGAAUUGGCCAAGACCCUCCAUGAACAAGGUGUGAAAGCUACCUUUUUCUUGAAUGGCAAUAACUGGGUUAACGUUGAAAAGGAUACCCUUAAAACCUCUGAUGGUGAAAAGACCUAUAUGGACGUGAUCAAGCACUACAAGGAUAUGGGUCACCAACUUGCCAGCCACACCUACGAACACAGACAAAUCAUCGGUCUCAAAGAAGCCGACCUCGAUUUCCAAAUGAACAAAGAAUCCGAUAUUAUCUACAAGGCCGCUGGUGUCAGACCCGCUGUGAUGCGUCCUCCUACCGGUUCUUAUGAUAAGAAUUCUUUGGAAAUCUUAAAGAAGCUUGGUUAUUCUGCUGUCAACUGGGAUAUUGAUACCUUGGAUUGGCAAACACACGACUUUGAUUAUGAAACCAAUGCCUAUAAGCAAGUGAUGGAUGCCGAUACCGAUGAUUCUCUUGGUCACAUUGCUUUAGAACACGAAGUAUAUGAACAAACCGUCAAGCAAUUAGUUCCUUGGGUUAUCAAGUAUGUCAAGUCUAAGGGUUAUGAAUUUGUGACCGUGGCAGACUGUAUUGGUGUCGAACCUUACCAAUAG